GCAGAGCGCGGAAUCCUCCAGUGGAAUGACCGCUCGCUCGCUCGGAGGGAGAGCCUUUGGCCUUUAAAGUCUCCUGGCCAAAAGCAAAGGCAAAUACGGAGCUCAGUGGAGUUGGUGAUGUCGGCUGUGCUUUUAGCUCGUAAAAAACGGGCUGCCCCGUGCGCUUGGCCAACGCGGUUGGAUCUGGUCUCUUCCAUUGGCCAGUGUUGCUGAGACUGGUCCGCGUGAUUGAGCAGCGGCGUUGGGACUAGUCAGUGACAUUGGGUAACACUGGCAGGACUGAUCUCCCAAAGGCCAGACUGAGCCAGAAUGAGCAGUGUGCAGAACCUGUUGCUGGAGUCCCUCCUGGGCACGAAGCACGUGGACAAUGCUGCCAUCAUCAAGAUACACGAGCGCACUGUCUUGGUGUCCUCACCAGGGUUUAAUAUAUCACCCAGUGACAUCCGUGCGCUUGUGAGCGGAUUCUCCAGGAACCCUGUUCAAGUGCGGAGGGAUGGGCUGUACUUCAGAGAGAAGGAUUACAAGUGUGUCAGAGCAGAUGAGCGCUCCCUUUAUGCCAGGAAGAACAACACGGGGCUGGUGGUUGUUCAAACCAAUCUCUACCUCCUGGUGGCCACGUAUCGGGAGGACAUGUAUGCCAGCGUGUGCGUGGAGGCUGCUGAGAAGCUGGGUAAGGGACCCCUGUGCCAAGAUGUGUAUGCGUCUCGGGGACCCAUUCCUAAUGACUGAUGCUUCAGGUUGGCAAGAUCGUCCACCGAUACUGGGCUGCCAAAUUGUCCUUCCUCCUCUCGGCGGCCUCCAGAGGUCUCCUAGCCAGGUGGUUGAGACCAUGCCCAGCCUGCCUCCAGCUCCUUCACUGUUCCUGGCCCAACCAUCCCCGUGUCCCUGCAGGCCACUCCUCAGCCUAGAAUGCUUCCUCUCCUCUCCUGGGGACCACUCUACCCCCUGGAUUUACUGAUCCAUGGACCCCUGAGUGUGCAGGCUUCUGGGGGGCACUGUUUCCCAGGAUCCCAGAGCUGAGAGGGACUUCAGUGGCUACUGAGCUCAACCCUCACCUGUCUCCACUGCCCCAGCCUGGAAGACCUGUGUGGUAGGUCACCCGCUCCAUACUGGGAUAGCUCUUUGCACGUGGUUCUGCCUGCUGGGCUCAUGGAGCACACACGACUGCCCGACAGAUACUUUGGGGUGUCUUCCCCCUCACCGAGUUUUUUCUUCUCCAGGCUCCAUGUGACCAGUCCCUUCAGGCCUUUCCCAUCGAGGCCCCCCUCCAGUUUAUCAGCGUCCUUCUUAAACCACAGUCCUCUCGACAAGGCCAGAUGAGGGCAGAGGAGAGCAGGACUCUCACCUCCCUUUCUGGCUGCCGCCCAGGGGACAGGGGCCAGUCCAUUGCCCCCAGCAGACCUUCAGGACACCUGCUUCCCACACCUACCCACCACCCCAUGUCAUGGCAUUCCCAAAGAAGUGUACAGUCAGGGUGGGGGAGAAUCUGGAAAGGCCUUUGAAAGGAGAUGGCCUCUGAGGGGAGGGAAAGGGGACGACAUCCCAGCCUAGCAGCAGCAUAGAAAAGAUAAACAAGCAAGGCACUGGGGAGCCCUGGAAGAUUUGAGCAGGAGAAGGUGAUGGAGAGAGCUGGGGUUUUGGCAAACUGUCUCCAGAGUCAUAAAAUCCACAGGAAAUGCUCAGCACUGUCCAACAAUGGAGAUUAGGGAGUGGGGCCUGUCCAAAGUCUGGCUCUGCUGCUGCGGCCCAACAGAUGCUGACUUUGGGGACUUGGAGGAUGAGUCAGAUUUUACCUGUUUUCUUCACCUCGUCCUCAGCCCCACAGAGGUCUCCUCUGUCACCUCUGAGUGUCCCGGCCUCAUAGAAAUGCUACUCAUGCCAUAGUGACCUUCAGAGAUGGCACCUGGACCUGACCCAGGCUUCUGUCCAAAGCUAAACUGCACGGUCCUGGUUCCCUCAGGGCCCAUCUGACACAGAGGCCAGCUGAACCCCAGUUGGAACAUCUCUCUUGUUUUAUCCUAGGUGACUACUUAAGGAAGAAGGGAAGUUAAUUCACUCAGAAGACUCUGAAAACCUCAACUGUCUUUAAGAAAAAAACAAGAAAUUUCCAGAGAGGAAGGUUGGGGUCAUGAAUAAUAGACCAGGCUGUGCAGGGUGACAGUCACCCUCAGGGUCUGGAUUAGGGUAGAGGUCCUGUUCAGGGUCAGAAGUAGGGUUAGGUUAGUGUUAACAUCCUAGACUGUCCAGGGUUAAGGGUCAGGGUUGGGGUCAGAGCCAGGAUUAGGGUUGGUGAUGUGGUUAACAGUUUAGACUGUCCAGGGUUAAGGGUCAGGAUUAGGGAUGAUGUUAGGGUUGGCAGCGUAGAUUGUCCAAGGUCAGGGUCACAGUUGAGGUUAAGCACUGCAUGACGGCUGCUCUUAGACUGUCUAGGGUCAGGGUCAGGGUCAGGGUCAGAAUCAGAGUCUCCAACCUGAAGAAGGAAGCAGCCUUUAUCUUGAAGAACAAGAUUCUUGGAUGCUGGCUCAGAGGGCCUGGAGGCCUAGAGGAAACAGCUUUUUCUUCCUGGGGUUGGAAUUUUCCCCACGCCUGCCUAAAAGGCCAUUCCUCCAGGGCUUUCUGGCCCAGCCUCUGGGGCACUUUGGGCCUCAGGCUGUCUCCCUAGGCCUCCUGGUGCUGCUGCUGUUUCUGUGAAAGGCUUUUCCCUGAACGCUGCCCCUCCUUGGUCGUACCUGAAGGGCCAGUAGGUGGGUAGUAGGGGCAUAGGGCAAAAUGUCACCCAAACUUGGGACAGAUUUAUCGCCCCCAGGAGCCCAAAUGCCAGCCCCCCAGGGGAGUGGACUCCUUGAGAACUGGCCCUUGUCCACCCUUGAGAGAAUAGGAACUGUGGUUGUUAUCAAGCCUUCACACUGAGACCUCACCCCAGAUACCUUUCCGUGACCCCGUGACCCGCCCCCAGCCUCGGCUCUCAGCUCUCAGCUUUCUUCAAAGCCAAAUAAACCUCUUUCUUAUCUUC